GUAAAACCCACUGGGAUAUGUUGCACAGAGGAAGUCUGGGGUGUUCCGCUGUCUUAUAUAUCAAUAGUUUAGAGUCACAGAUGAGUAAAAUCGUAGAUUUAAAGAAGCCGAACAGUCCUGAUACUGACGCUAUCAAAUCGGGUCAACCAUGAUCACACAUGUGAUUUAUAAAACGCGACGAUAGGAUCUAAUUUAGUUAAACCCCAUUUAUUGCAUAAUACGCUUUGUUUCACAUAGCACCCCUCACGGCACUUAAAUGCUACUUAUUGCAUAGGGUUUUGUCGAAAAUGGCAGCUAUUAGAUUUAAAGUGUCGGCUCAGUAUCAGUAUCUUUGGGGGGGGUUUCUGACUUAGAUAUUGGGUCGCUGUGCCACUACACACUAAUAUUUAGCAAAUUCAUCUCCAGCCUAACCUGCAGCAUUCAAUCCCUCCCACAUAGGGCGGUAAUGCUUUUCUCCGGUGAUAAUAGUAUACAUGUCUCGCGUCUUUUUUUCGCAGUAUUUUCGAGAAUAAAAACCCUGCCCUUAUCAAAAUUAUACAACAAUGUCCCAAAGCAUGUCGAAAAUUAUGGCCAACAGGUAGAUUCUACGGAAAGUCGUUAUUUAAGCCAACAAAGGGCGCUGAGAUGCGAGGUAAAAUGAGUUCAGCCCCGGCCGUUCAAAGCGUCGCUGCCUGUGCCUGUUCUCUGCGUUGGUCGCUGGGAGGCAGCAAACAUUCACUUUCUGAUGAGGGAUUAACGUCGUUGCGAAGCAGUACCAGUCGGCGUCCUUCUGUAGCCACGUUAUUUUAUAUUAGCACAAAAAUAUGAAGAGCGAAACAUGAGAUGGCAUUUAAAGGCAAAGCUGUCGAUUCGAAGACUGUUCUUCUCAACCUUCUGCUGUGUCUCCUCAUAUUUUACUCCCUCUUCUACAUGAUUGGCAGUGUGUGCUUCGGUGCCUUCAGGAUGGACCACUUCGAUGGCCUCAUUCCAUUUGACUUUAAGACUGAACCUGCUGAUUCCAACUCCAAGUACUUGGUGAACCUCCUCUCCUUGGAGCUCACCUUCUUCUGCAGUGGCCUUUUGUUCGCUGCCGUGGUGAGGAGGCGUGUGUGGGACUACGCCCUCACCGUCACACUGCUGCAUGUGGGGAUCACCAGCCUCGUAAUGAUGGAGUUUCCCAUGGUGUGGCAGUGGUGGCUGGCCUUAGGGAGUGGCCUGUUUUUAAUGAUCUGCAACGGUCAGCUGAUCGCUUACUUCAGCUGCCAGAGUGACCAGAGCUACGCCUCCUUCAGCACCUACUGACAGACUGUAUAAGUCAACAUCACCCAGCAGAUUAUCCUAAAGUAACAGCGGUCAAACACUAGGUCACAGCCUGGUCUUGUGUUGUUGUUGUCAUUUGACCGGCAACUUAAACAGUCAUUAACAUCUAUUUCAUGUAACGAUAAUCACUAAUGUGUUCAACGUGCAGCUUUGGGAACAAUUUUGAUCCUUGACUAGAAGCUAAUUUUUGGCUAACAUAAAUACAGGAUGUUGAUGGUUUUCCUCAGUUGCACAAUCCUUCGAUACCGUGUGGGAUCUAAGGAGGCAUGAGAAGUAUUUUCACUUCCAUAUUUUCAAACUUUGAAUGUUUUAUCUCUAUGUUGCACUACAUGUUGUUAUUUAAAGAUAAAUGUCAUGACACGGGUUUAAAUAGUAUUUAUUUUCCCAUAUCCAGGAAAUACAUGUGAAGUAGUGACCAGCUACUACACAUUAUGAAGCAGUGGUUAUACUUGAAAUAGCAAUAUUUAAUGUAGAACAUUAGAAAUGUGUAUUCACAUGUUCAAAAGUUAAGUUGCGUUAAUAAGUUAUGAAAUAAAAAAUAAAUAUUUGACUCCACUUG